AUGCACGAGCUGCUCCAGAAACCAACGCGUCCAAACAGCGAGCCACAAGGUGUCAGCAAGGAACAACAGAAGCAGAAGCAGCAGCAGCAGCAGCACCACCACAAAUGCUCGAGUGCCACGUUGUGCAACACACGGACGCCAGUGAUAGCAGUGGUGCCACUGCCGCUGCCACCGCCACCAACACCAGCCACGCCCCCAAGCAUAGCUGUGCAUAGCACAGUGCCCAGCAUACAAUUAACACCAGCACCGAUAACAAAGCCAGCUGACAACAAUAACAGCAACAACAACAAGGAAAACACCUGUCCCGUCCGAGUGCCACAGGGUGCUCCAAACAAUUAUGUGGCACGUCGCACCUGGAUUACCACGGACCGCAUGAAUGAGCUGAGGCGCAAGGCACAGGAAGCGGCCAAACAGAAUAAGAUCUUCACCAUUCGCGGCUGUUUCCACUCGGUACGCAAUGCGCUCCUCGCCCGCGGCUGGGUGGAGAAACUGGACAUGCAUCGCAAGGUGCUGCCCAUGGGCCAAAUGACCUACGAGGAUCUGACACAGCGUCUGCCCAAGCGCAAAGCGGGCGAAACGCGUCGGCAAUAUGUGUUGAAGUGUGAAAGAAAUAUCAUGUCUAGAUUUCUGGAGCACAUGCCCGUGGACUUCUUGUGGACGAAUCGCAAGGAGAAAUGUGAUUAUAUCGAUCAGGCCAAGAAUCCCGGCAUGACCAUCAAUAAAUUCCAUAGAGCACCGUUUACCUCCAAGGAGGGUCUGUGCAGCCAGCUGCGUGAUUUCCAUUGGUUCUUCGAGGAGGGUAUGGCCGAGAUGUAUUUCCCGCGCUGCUACAACGUCUGGAGUCCCGAGGAGCUCGGUGAAUUUGUGGAUAACUUUAAGCUCACGGCCUGUGUGGCCUAUUUGCGUGCCAUGCUGUGCAAGUAUCAUAAACAGGGCUGCGAUGCCGUCUUCUCGCCCAGCGGCAAGAUACCCUAUUCCUCGAUAGACUUUGCCUACAAGCGACUGGUUGACUACAUCGAUAGCUGCCAGCACAAUGACAUCGACUACGAGGAUCCGCCCAGAAUUUGGGAGCACGACUGGGAUGCCUUCCUCUAUCAGCAUCAGCAGCUGGUCAACGAGGAUGCACGCAUCCAGCAUGAUGGCCAGCGUACGCUGGACCACAUGGUCAAGAGCUGCAUUACGCUGGUGGAGAAGAUGAAAACCCAUUGGCCCCAGUACAGCCUGGAUGGCUAUCAGAACUUGUGGAUUGUCAAGCCAGCGAAUAAGUGUCGGGGUCGUGGCAUCCUCCUCAUGGAUAAUCUCAAAAAAAUCUUGGGCGUCGUGAAUCCAUCAAUAGCAUCAAAGAGUCGCUAUGUGGUGCAAAAGUAUAUUGAACGACCCCUAAUUGUCUUCCAAACGAAGUUCGAUAUCCGCCAAUGGUUCCUGAUAACGAACACACAACCGCUGGUGGUGUGGUUCUAUCGGGAGAGCUAUCUGCGCUUCAGCUCGCAGGAGUACAGUUUGAGCAACCAUCACGAGUCAGUGCAUCUGACGAACCAUGCGAUACAGAAGAAGUAUACGAAUGGGAAGCGGGACAAGAGGCUGCCCAGCGAGAACAUGUGGGACUGUUACUCCUUCCAAGCCUAUCUGCGUCAAAUUGGCAAAUCGAACAUGUGGCUGGAGCGCAUUUAUCCGGGCAUGCGUAAGGCUAUUGUGGGCACCAUGUUGGCAUCCCAGGAGAAUAUGGAUCGCCGGCCAAACACCUUUGAGCUCUUCGGUGCGGACUUUAUGAUAUGCGAGAACUUCUAUCCGUGGCUCAUUGAAAUCAACUCCAGUCCCGAUCUGGGCGCCACGACAAGCGUAACGGCUCGCAUGUGCCCCAAGUGCCUGGAGGAUGUCGUCAAGGUGGUAAUUGAUCGACGCUUGGACCCCAAAUCGGAUAUGGGUAACUUUGAACUGGCCUAUCGUCAGGUGGUGCCACCGACGCCCGCCUAUAUGGGCCUGAAUCUGUUCGUCAAGGGCAAGCAGCUGCUGCACAAGGCGAAUCAUCAUGGCCACUAUUACUAUCAGCAGCAGCGCAAGGAGCGCAGUCUGGCCACCAGCAGCGUCUAUCGUCAGAGGUCGGCCAUUGUGCCCACAACGACCAUAUCGCGCAUACAUCGCGCCAUGCCCACCUUUAAUGCCACCGAGUACAUGGAGAAGUACAUGGUGGAGCCACUGAGCAGCAGUCGCAGCAGCAUCAGCAGCACACAACACCAGCAGCCAACAGCAACAGCCGCAGCAACAACAACAACAACAACAGUAGCUACACUUAAAUCGCCAACAGUUGUCACGGCGCCCACUUCUCCCUGCCCCCCGUAUUUGCUGAAGCAGGCGGGUCGCUCCAUAACCCAACUCCUCACUGCCACUCACAAGCGGAACACGACAAUGGGCAAUGGGGGAGAGGCAGCAGCCAGUGCUGCUCUGCCACCGAAGCGACAGCGAAGUUGUGGGCCGCGUUUCGGUGUCAAUCAAGUGGAAACGACAGAGAAGAAAUUCAAGAUACUCAUCAAGAAUUAUGCCAACAAUGGUGCUGAGAAUCUAGUCGAGAAGCAGGACCCACUGCCCACGGCACCGGCAACAGCGCCAGUUAUCAGUGAACGCAAGUGGCGCAGUCUGCGCAAUAUAACCACCACCACGAACACCACCACGACGAACAGCAGCAGCAGCAGCAGCGUGACACCAGCAGUUGCCUCGAUGAGCUGCUCCCGAGCCCGGGCAGCGCUGAACGGCACACUGCUCGAUGCUGGUGGGCGGAACACUUGCUCGCGUCGCUUUGCACGCACCAAAUCCGAGAUCGAGAGCUCGGCCAGCAUGCAUGCGAUUGGACGCACCUUUGGCCGCAAGUCGAAUGGUCCACGGCUUCCCAUUAGCAUCUCGGUACAGGCGCUGCACCGUGGCGAGCCCAUUCUCGCUGCCAUGAAGCAGGCCACCAGCGAGCUGCAGCUCACCCAGACGCCACUAAUCAGUCCACGCAAUAAGCUGACCACAAACUGCACGUUGACUGUGCCACUGCCCACUUGUUAA